GAGGGGGAGGGUUUUUUUUUCUCAACAAAAGUGGAGUUCCUCUUUAAGGGGGAGCAGGGGCGGACUUACCAUUUAGCCACUCGGGCACUGCCCGCGGGCCCGGGGUCAGUAGGGAGCCCCAUGAGAUGCCCCUGGUACCUUUCAUAGGCUUUUUUGGUUUGGGCAAGGACACAGGGGCCCCAUGAACCCCUAUUGCCCGGGGGCCCCAUGAGUUGUCAGUCCGCCCCUGCUCGGACACCUGCUCUGCCUCUUGCCCACUGCCAUAGUUGCACUGUGAUGUAGAUUGAAAGGAAGGACUGUGAUGUGAAGGACUCAGAAUCCUGUUGUGAAGG